UUAAUACUUGAAAUGUUAAUAUUUUACGGAGGCUGUCUUGUUUAAACAAGAAGAAAAGUGUAAACAAUAAAUAAGUCAACGGCGUAUAGUUUCUAUCGUUCGACACAGAAGUUUGAUUAAUAUGCUUGCAGCGGGAAUUUCAUCAGUUGUACUUCCUAUCUUUUUGGAUGAAAUUUUCCAGAGAUUUUCCAAUUGCUCACCACAAGAUCAAGAAGCUAUAGAAAAUCUACUUCUGGAUUUACACAAAUUAUUGGGAAAUCGCCUUGUGCCGUCUGCUUUACAUAUACUAGAUAAUUGUAAUAAUAUUAUUUACAUCGCCAAUGAAACCAAAACAUUAGAACUAGCAGAGAUUUCUGAAGGUGGCCCCUCUUUUCGUUUGGUGCGUCUUUUUCGACAUUUAAAUUAUUGUUCAUGUGAAUAUUUUCAAGAAAAGGUAUUAAACAAGCAGAUUCCUUACUCCGGAUCCUAUACUUGUCAACACGUAUUGGCCUUACGUUUGGCAUUUACUUUACAGCAUAAAUGUUUGCAAUUUAAAAAAGUUCCUAACCAAAAACUGGAUUUGUUAUUAAAAUAUUUCCUACCCGACUACACGGCAGCAGAUUAA